AAGGCAGUUGAACUUUCUCCUUUUCCGCAUCAAGGAUCUCUGAAGCCAUUCCUCUCUCAGCCCUGAGUGGAGGGAGAGAAAGUGAACUGCGGGCAGCAACACUUUGCCCCUAAAUUCAGCGAUGGGAAUUUCCUUCGCGUCCCUUUCCCCAUUAGUGUGCUCUGUUCCUCAUUCGACCUGAGCACGGAGGUACGAGGAGGAGCACCCAGGUACACAGUUAGGUUGAUCGAUGCAGAACUAACCCGCAGCCCGCCUCUGGUUGGCCCAAAGUUCUCAUGAGCAUCCAAUGGGAGGAAAGGCUGCGAUCUGGCUCGGGUAUAGGAUAAGACGCCCUCGGAGGGUCUGGACCCAGCGGUUUCUGCUUGCCCGUUGCUGCUUCCAGCUCUGUCUCUGGGAGCAGUUCCCUCAAGGUCAGUCCCCGAGGUUUGCCACCGGCCGCUCCUACAGCCUCCAUCAUGGGCCUGGAGCUCUACCUGGACCUCCUGUCCCAGCCCUGCCGUGCUGUCUACAUCUUCGCCAAGAAGAACAGCAUCCCCUUCCAGCUGCGUACCAUAGAGUUGCUCAAAGGCCAGCACUACACUGAUGACUUUGCCCGGGUGAACCCCUUGAGGAAAGUGCCCGCUUUGAAGGAUGGGGAUUUCCUCUUGGCAGAGAGUGUGGCCAUCCUGCUCUAUCUGAGUAGGAAGUACAAGGCCCCUGACCACUGGUACCCUCAGGACCUUCAGGCUCGAGCCCGUGUAGAUGAGUACCUGUCAUGGCAGCACACAGCCGUCCGGAGUUGUUGCACCAGGGCCAUGUGGCAGAAGAUGAUGUUCCCUAAGUACCUGGGGCAGCUGGUGCCCCCAGAGACGUUGGCAUCCACUUUGGCUGAACUGGACAGGUGCCUGCAGAUGCUGGAGGACAAGUUCCUGCGGGACCAGGCCUUCCUUACGGGACCCCAUAUCUCCAUGGCUGACUUGGUGGCCAUCACGGAGCUGAUGCAUCCUGUCAGUGCUGGCUGCAAAAUCUUCGAGAGCCGACCCAAACUGGAUGCCUGGCGUAAGCGCGUGGAAGCUGCCGUGGGGGAGAACCUCUUCCAGGAGGCCCACGCAGUUGUCCUGAAGGCCAAGGAUAUGCCUCCCUUGGACCCUGACUUGAGGGAGAAACUAAAGCUCUCGGUGCAGUCUUUGUUAUAUUGAGGGAGUGGCCCGAACCCGUGGCGCCAUCAAGGGAAGACACUGGGCUGUGCAAGUGAAGAGAUGAGGCAGACUGUCCGCGUUGCUGUCACUAGGACGUGGAGUCUCUGGUUCACAAUUUCCUUUAGACAUCAUCAGUGUCCCUUCUGUGUCCCCACCCUGCUUGUGCUGUGAUGGCAGCUUUUACCUGACCUCUGGAGAGAGCUGCACCAAAGCCCUGGGGAAAUACUUGCUUUGAAACUUUAUAAACCAUUGAACUUGUAAGCUUGCCCCUCCCUCCAAGUCACACCUUUCUGGCUGCAUUCACUUCAGGCCCCUCUUCUGCUCUCCUGUUGCUCCUCUAACUCCAACUCCAAAUUGUCAGGCUACUUAAUCUUGUGCUGUAGGACCUCUGGUCUGUGCAAAUUACCUAAUAAAUAAAUUGCUAAUAGAACAAGA